AUGGGCAUCCGUUACAAGUCCUACUGCUCCAACUUGGUGAGGACCUUGAUGGUGGAUCCACCUCAGGAGAUGCAGGACCACUACGCCUUCCUCCUCCAGCUCCAGGAGGAGAUGCUGAAGGAGAUGCGACACGGAGCCAAGCUUUGCGACGUCUACGGCGCCGUCAUGGACGUGGUGAAGAAGCAGAAGCCGGAGCUGUUGAGCAAAAUCACCAAGAAUUUGGGCACCUACCGCGCCUCCAACAUGAAGACGCCGGGCGAGCAGACGGUGCCGGCCCUCAACCUUCAAAACGCUUUUCGGAUCAUCAAGGAGGUCCAGAAACGUUACAAAACCCGAGAAGCUGAGGAGAAGGAGAAGGAGGGCAUCGUCAAACAAGAUUCGUUGGUCAUCAACCUCAACCGUAGCAACCCCAAGUUGAAGGACCUCUACAUCCGUCCCAACAUCGCCCAGAAGAGGAUGCAGGGUUCCUUGGAGGCCCACGUCAACGGUUUCCGCUUCACCUCGGUUCGCGGAGACAAGGUGGACAUCCUCUACAACAACAUCAAGCACGCCGUCUUCCAACCUUGCGACGGGGAGAUGAUCAUCGUCCUCCAUUUCCACCUCAAGAACGCCAUCAUGUUCGGGAAGAAGCGUCACACCGACGUCCAGUUCUACACGGAGGUGGGCGAGAUCACCACCGACUUGGGCAAACACCAACACAUGCACGACCGCGACGACCUCUACGCCGAGCAGAUGGAACGGGAGAUGCGCCACAAGCUGAAGACGGCCUUCAAGAACUUCAUCGAGAAGGUGGAAGCGCUCACCAAGGAGGAGCUGGAGUUCGAGGUGCCCUUCCGGGAGCUGGG